AUGUCGACAACGUCAAAUAGUCAAUCGAAUAGCUCGAUUCAGACGGCUCAUACUGUUGCAUCCGCGAAUACAUUUAGGACACCGCCGACUAAUGCAACAGCGAGGAAAAAGUCACUUGUAGGCGAUCCUGAAACACUUCAUUUCUAUUCAACAAAUUCAUUAAACUAUCGACCAUUGACGAAUCCAAUACAAUCGAGACCUAGUCGUGUUCGUGAACGAGGACCAUCGUAUCCUUCUCUUUCACUUAAUCGUUCGUCGUCAUCUUCAUCACGGUUUCGUAAAACUCAUUAUUUGGAUGAUUCUGAUGAAGAAAUUGUCCAAGAAGAAAUUCUCGAAGUAACCAAUUUUAAUCGUUAUCCGACAUUGAUGGAACGUUGGGGUCCAGAUACGAAGACGAAGAUUCGACAAGAAGGUGACUUGAAAAUCGAAGAAGUGGUCGAGUUCGAAGAACUUGAACCGACUAUUGCCGAAGAAAUCGUCUAUGAAUUAACCUAUGCGAAUGAACAUCUUCUGUCGUGUCGACAAAUCAGUCGAUCUCGAUCGGAAUCGAGAAAUUUUCGAAAAAUUCGUAAGAAAAGAAUCAAACGUAAACUACAAGACGUCGAUAACUCGACUUCCAUGAUCACCUCUAACUAUGGUAGAACAUCAGGAACGAGCUCACCUGAUGUCAGUGGUUCACGAUCGUCUUUUGACUAUGAGCACAGCUGUACUUCUGAACAAUCGACCACGCCAAGACAAACAUCAUCUUUUGCUUCGAACUUGGAGUCGACCGAGUUUUUAUCGAGUAGCGCCUGGUCUCCGACAAGACACAAUGAUAAGACUCCAUUGAAUAUUCAUCAAAUAGAUCAAUCCGCGACUGGUCUUAAUCAGGAAGAAAACUUUAUCAGUGACAUACGCACGAAUGAAUCGGAUGCGUCGUAUUCACAGACACCUGCUCCAUAUUGGUCGUCAGCGAUUGAGUCGAAUAAGAUUCAAUAUCAAGCAUCGGACUAUGAAGAAAGUGAUCAAGCACCAUCGAAUUUAUUCAAUGAAAUACGUGAUUUUUUCAAUCGAAUCAAUUCGAUGACUAUCGGUAGCCCUUCCGAGACAUCAUCCGGCGAAGACAAUGUCACACUGAGCGAAACAGAUACAACAACGCCUCCGAAUAGUGAGAAAACUGAUUCCACAACGAGUACACUCCAUCAAUCGUCGCUUGAGUCGGAAUCAAAUGAGAUAAUUGAUGAGUUUGUCCACAAACUUGUAUCGAAUAUUUUACAUGAUCAAUCAAUUAGCAAACUUCUGACGAUGGGCACUGACAAGGUUGCUGAGGAGAAAUUGGAAAUCUCUCCUGAUCGAACAACUGUCGACAUCACAAGCGCUCGUAAGUCAACAAUUACAAUGUCUUGA